AUGCCUUUCCUGCCCGUUUCCCCAGGGGUCCUGCUUCCCAGAGCGGUGAGGACAACCGCGGCCGGGGGUGGAGCAGCGACUCCCAGCCUCCAGAUCAGGCUGUCGGAGCGCACAGAGCGCCCCGCUGACCUGGACAAGCUCAAGCCCUACGUCACGGGGACACAUCCUAGUCCUAUUGGCUCGCCUCAGCGCGCCGGCCGCGUGCUCCGCCAGCGGUGGGUGGUAGAAUUUGGAGGAGGGGGUUGGAGCUGUCUAGUCCUCUUCCAGGUGAGGCAGUGGGGGGCAGACCACGUGGACCUGUGGCUGUCCAACACUCUCCACUUCCCCUCACCGUCCCAGGACGCCACCCUCUCCCCAGAGUCCCAGGGCUUAUUCAAGCUGAGACUCUUACUCUGUUGUGUUCCUCUCUUUCUCUCUCCAGACAAAGACAGGCUCCCUGGUCAUUCUCAGGACGGGUCACCUCAGAGCACAGCGUCCACUAAGGAGGUGGCUCAUAUCCUGGAGGGGGACCGCGAGGAGGGCCUGCCCUCCAUCGAUGAGACCCCCAAGACCCUGGAUGACUUCCAGGAGCGCCGAGCGCUGGCCAUCGCAGCCAAGGCCCGGGAAAUAGAGAAGGUGUACCGACAGGACUGUGAGACGUUUGGCAUGGUAGUGAAGAUGCUGGUUGCUAAGGACGCCAGUCUGGAGAAGCAGCUGCAGACGCCACUCCGAGAGAACCUGGGAGAGAUCAGGGAGCGUUGCCUUGAUGACCUCAAGCACUUCAUCUCCGAUCUGGAUGAGGUGAUUGAGGUCGUACGGCAACCGGAACCCUCCAUCUGAGACAAGACAGCCAAUCACGUCCCAUCUUACUGUAAGGGAGCCAAUCAGGUCCUGUCUUAUUGUUGGGCCUCCAGUUUGGGCAUACAGUGAGGGCAGGACUCCCAGGAGUCUGCCAUGUGUUAAGACUAUGGAUAUCUUGAGCAGUAUUGGCCCCAUGUUUUUCCAUCUUUCUGGGUUUCAGGCCAGAGAUGCACCACAUCCAGGGGACCCAUAUGUACUGAUAAUGUCCAGCAAUCGUCAAAAACAGUGUUCAAAGUCAUGUUCAGCUACUUACUCACCACCCGAUGAGGGUAUUGGUUCUACAAUGUCCUUAACUAGUAGAAUUGGUAUGUCAAUUUAGGCUAAUAGUUCAUCUAGGAAUUACAGAUUUUAAAACUGUUAACCAGCGUAAUCAUAGGAACGGUCAUCAGUGUUUUUACUGAACUGGUAAUCUAAUGGUGAAGAGUGCCGUGUUAGAGGUCAUUAUCCACUGGUACCACAAACAAUCCUCAGCAAGGAAGGUCCAGUUAAGAAGCGAUGUCUUGUUUUAUGAACUCUUCCUGCUCUCCUCUUUUCUUUAGUAUUUGAAAUGUUAAUCGACUGGAUGUUCUACUCCAACCAGAAUGGUCCUGGCCUGUUAUGUGUGAUUUAGAUGUUGUGUUUCUUGACAGAAUGUUGUAUUCACCACCAGUGCUAAUUUUCUCAACAACAAAACAGAAACACUUUCUAAAUGUCCCAGGUUCAAUUCAACUUUCUAUAUGUGGAACUGACAUGUCUUUGAUGAUUUGUGAGAAAAUGAUUUUUGAGUAUAACAAUAAUAAUAAUAAAGAUGAUUUUUUUUUAAAUGUCAA